CUGAAACUCCUUAAUUCCGGGGGUGAGAAUCAGUCUGAUCCCAUCCCAUGCACAUCUAUAUAUCUCUCUCUCUCUUUCAUAUGAUUUCUUCUUCAUAUCUCUUUAUUUCAUCUCUUUCUCUCAAUCUUUCUUCCGUCUUAAAUUCAUUUAUAUAGAUAAUUCCCUCUUCUCUUAUACACAUAAAUCUUCUCAAACCCAAAACUUUCUGGAUCCAUAUUUCAUGGCAAGAGAGACUGAAAAUGUCAAAUACGAUGAGGAAUUUAUCUUGAAUUCCAGAGGAUUAAAGCUAUUUACAUGUCAAUGGAUUCCUACAAAUCAAGAACCAAAAGCUUUGGUCUUUAUCUGCCAUGGCUAUGCCAUGGAAUGCAGUAUUACAAUGGACAGUACUGCGAUGAGGCUGGCAAAGGAAGGUUUUGCAGUAUACGGUAUAGAUUACGAAGGACAUGGAAAAUCAGAUGGAUUAUCUGGUUUUGUCGAUAAUAUGGAUCUUAUUAUUGAUGAUGUCUCUAAACAUUAUACAGCCAUGUGUGAGAAGGCAGGGAAUAAAGGGAAGAUGAGAUAUUUGUUAGGAGAGUCGAUGGGAGGAGCAGUGACUCUUCUCUUGCAUAAAAAGAAGCCUGAGUUUUGGGAUGGUGCAGUUUUGGUGGCUCCCAUGUGUAAGCUUGCUGAAGACAUGAAGCCACAUCCAAUGGUAAUUAGUGUUCUUGAAAAGCUUACCAGUUAUAUACCAACAUGGAAAAUAAUUCCUUCAAAGGACAUAAUUGAUGUUGCGUUUAAAGUACCUCAAGUUAGAGAACAGGUUAGAUCAAACCCAUAUUGCUACAAAGGGAAGCCUCGCUUGAAAACUGGAUAUGAACUUUUCAGAACUACCAAGGAAAUUGAGCAAAGCCUUCAGGAGGUAUCACUGCCAUUUCUAGUUCUACAUGGAGAAGCAGACAAAGUGACUGAUUGCUCAUGCAGUAAGCAACUCCACAGUGUGGCUUCAAGCAAAGACAAAACAAUAAAGCUAUACCCAGAUAUGUGGCAUGGCUUGCUUUAUGGUGAGCCAUUAGAAAACAUUGAAAUUGUUUUCAAAGACAUUAUUGGGUGGUUAGUGGACAGAACUAACCUUGGAAAUACAAGAUUGGAGAGAGAGUUAAAACAAGCAAAUGAUGGUUUGCCUAAGUGAAUAAAAUCCAAAUAACAAGUUUGGGAACCAUCAAUAGUUUUUGUAUCCUUUUUGUGCUAAGCAAGGGAAAGGAGAAGGGAAAAAAAAGAUUUGAUUGGAUGUUCCACUACUUGAUGACAGAAAGGAAAACUUCAAUAAAUUAUGUGGUGGUAGGAUGCUUCCAAUUCUAGUUUGAAGUAGGCUAGCAGUACCUUAUUCUUUAUAUAUAUAUGGCCAAAUUUUAUAAUGAGUGGAUUUCAUGUGUAAAGCUAACGUUGAUGUGAGCUGUUCUGUUUGAUUUAAUAAUUUCUUCAAUUAAAUUAUUGCUACCUUUUUUUGUUUUGGCCAAGGAAAA